AUGGGAAAAGGAGCAUCGCUUGUAAACGGGUGCAUUUCCUCCAUAUCUCCACUUAAAUCUAUACCUCUACUUAAAUCUAUAUCUCUACUUGAAUCUAUAUCUCUACUUAAAUCCAUGUCUCUACUUGAAUCCAUGUCUCUACUUGAAUCCAUAUCUCUACUUAAAUCGAUAUCUCUAUUUAAAUCUAUAUCAUUACUUAAAUCCAUGUCUCUACUUGAAUCCAUGUCUCUACUUGAAUCCAUAUCUCUACUUAAAUCUAUAUCUCUACUUAAAUCUAUAUCUCUACUUAAAUCCAUAUCUCUACUUAAAGCCAUAUCUCUACUUAAAUCCAUAUCUCUACUUAAAUCUAUGUCUCUACUUAAAUCCAUAUCUCUACUUAAAUCCACAUCUCUACUUAAAUCUAUAUCUCUACUUGAACCCAUAUCUCUACUUAAAUCCAUGUCUCUACUUCAAUCCAUAUCUCUACUUAAAUCUAUGUCUCUCUUUAAAUACAUAUCUCUACUUAAAUCUAUAUCUCUACUUUAA